UGUGCCCUGGGAAAACCAUUAUAAACUUCGUCUGUGGGAGGACUGAUCUCUUAAUGCAACACAGACCGACAUCUCAGAGAAACGAAAAUGGGCAAUCAUCAUAGCCAGUCUUACUCCCUCUCAGAAGGCAAUCAGCAGCUGCCCAAAGGGGACACCCAACCCUCAGCAGCCGUGCAACCCGUCAGCCACCCAUCAGGGACUGGAAAGCCAGAGGCCCCACAGUCUGCCAAAGAGAGAAGUCAUCAGGUUUUCAAUGUGGAUCGAGAUACCAGAAAGCUGUACAAAGCCUGCAAAGGAAUGGGAACAGAUGAAGCCACCAUCAUUGAAAUUUUGUCAAGUAGGACCUCGGACCAGAGGCAGCAGAUAAAGCAGAAGUACAGGGAGAAGUACGGCAAGGACCUGGAGGAGGUGCUCAAGAGUGAGCUGAGUGGAAACUUCGAGAAGACAGCCUUGGCCCUGCUGGACAGACCCAGUGAAUAUGAUGCCCGACGGCUGCAGAAGGCCAUGAAGGGUGUGGGCACAGACGAGGAUGUGCUCAUCGAGAUCCUGUGCACAAGAACCAAUAAGGAAAUCAGCGCCAUCAAAGAGGCCUACCAAAGGCUGUUUGACAGGAGCCUUGAAUCAGAUGUCAAAGGUGACACAAGUGGCAACCUGAAAAAGAUCCUGGUGUCCCUGCUACAGGCUAAUCGUGAUGAAGGAGAUGAUGUGGACAAGGAUCUGGCUGGUCAGGAUGCCAAGGAUCUGUAUGAUGCAGGGGAAGGCCGCUGGGGCACGGAUGAGCUUGCCUUCAAUGAAGUCCUGGCCCAAAGGAGCUACAAGCAGUUACGAGCCACCUUUCAAGCCUAUCAAAUUCUCAUUGGCAAAGACAUAGAAGAAUCCAUUGAGGAAGAAACAUCGGGAGACUUGCAGAAGGCCUACUUAACUCUAGUGAGAUGCGCCCGGGACCGCGAGGGCUAUUUUGCCGGACGUCUGUACAAGUCCAUGAAAGGUGUGGGGACUGAUGAGGAAGCGUUAAUUAGCGUCAUCGUGACCAGGGCUGAGGUGGACCUGCAGGGCAUAAAGGCCAAGUUCCAGGAGAAGUAUCAGAAGUCUCUCUCUGACAUGGUGCGCUCAGACACCUCUGGGGAUUUCCAGAAACUGCUGCUGGCCCUCUUGCACUGAACCAAGCCAGAGCAAUAGGAACAUGGGGAGAAACCGCUUUACCAAGAGCACAUUCCAAACCAAGCUUGAAAAGGGACCAUAGCACCAAAACCCCUCAAGUCCGGGUUUGUUUUCUUGGCAUCUUAAGUAGUUGAGAAAGACCAAGCUACCUACAUCAAGAUGCUUGGACAGGUCGCCUCAAAUGCUGGCUUAGCACAUAUCUAGGUUGCUUUCUAACCUUCCUUUAGCACGGUAACUGGAAGCCUUCUAAGCACAAAUAAAAUCAGCAUUUGAUAAAAUAUAAAAAAAUUUUUUCUAAAAACUAUGCCUUUGUAAUAAAAAUGUUAAUACAUAUCACACAGGAGUGUGGGAGUGCAUAUGGUUCUGGUAAAGACUGAAGGGUUAUGGUACAGCCAGUUUGUUAAUUUU